AUGGAUUCGAGCUCUAUGAGCAGACUUCACAGCUCACUGCCGAUUCCUUUAGGAUCUCUACCAUCUUCCAGACCUUCAGCUGUGAAAGUUCAGGAACUGGGAUUGAAGUUUUCCACUAUCAAGGGUAAAUCAGUUAAGGAUACAGGGCGGGUAACCAGCAGAAAGGCGAACUGCAAUGCGAAAGGACGCAAGAAUCGCUUCAGUGUGCGAGCAGACCACAUCGACGUCAGUGCCAAUGCGAUCCAGACUCUCCAAAGAACGGUAACGGGUGCUCGGUACGUGGAUCAAGAGAUUGUAACGAUGAAGGGAAAAUUGACACUGUCAAGAACCAUCGGCAAAGACUCGAAACCCACUGUUGAGUUCUCCGAGUUUCAGAAGAGUGUCUGGUUCACGCUCGUCAGUACAGAACUUGACGAGCAGGGCAACAUGAAGAAGAGUGCCAGGACGCAACUGCAGGACGACUGCAACGACAGCGACGACUUCUAUGACAUAGCUUUCAGCGUCGAGAGUAGUUUCGGCGAACCGGGCGCUUUGAUAGUCGACAGCAGGAGCAAUGAAGAGUUCUACCUUCAGCUCCUGCGAUUGAGCUCUCCGGACUCGAGCCAGAGCUAUGAUUUUGCCUGCAAUUCCUGGAUUAAUCAGAAGAGCGAAGAGAAUUACAAAAUCACUGCUGCAAGUCCUCAAUACCAGAAGCACUUCAAUGAAACUUUGGUUAUAGAUCGCAUUUUCUUCACCAACAAGGUGUAUCUUCCCAGCGACACGCCUCGCGGCCUGCAGAUUUUGAGAAAUUUCGAGAUGGCAACGAUGCGUGGUAACGGCACCGGAGAAAGAAACCCGUGGGAUCGUGUUUACGAUUACGACGUCUACAACGACUUGGGCGAUGUAGAAGCGAAAGUGAUCCGCCCAACUCUUGGCGGUCGGGGCAAUAUUCCCUAUCCUCGACGCUGCAGGACCGGCAGAAAGGUCGACCCAGACACGGGCAUGGAGACGCUUCCACCUAUACAAGGUUAUCAGCGAGAGAAGGUUUAUGUUCCUCGCGACGAAGAUUUCAGCAAAGUGAAGGAAUCGGGUUUCAUGGCGGACAGCAUCCUCGGAUUAGCAGCAACCUUGUUGCCCAUCUUUCAAGCGAAAUUUGACGAAACUCCGGAUGACUUCGACAGCUUUGAAGAAGUUUUCAAUUUGUACGUGGAUGGAAUGGAUUACUUCCCCAAACACCCAGAACUGCAACCCACUCAGGCAGAGAAGGAGGCUGUCCUCGCCUUCCUGAAACAAAACUUGUUUGCCCAGCUUGGUGGCAUUCCGGGUGGUGAUAUCAAGAAUAUCAAGUACCCCACUCCACAGGUCCAUUCCGACUUUGAUAAUCCCUUGGCUUGGAUGGAUGACGAAGAGUUUGGUCGUCAAAUGCUCGCCGGGAUCAAUCCGGGUGUGAUAAAACGAGCCAAGGUCUUCCCAGCCACAAGCAGUCUACCAGAGGAUAUUUACGGCCCAGCCAGUGCUCUAACUGCACAGCAUAUUGAAUCAAAUCUCUGGUCUCAUGGCAGGAAAAUGACUGCUGCUGAGGCAGUUCAGGCGAAGAGGCUUUUCACAAUCGAUUACCAUGACAUUUACCUCCCGUACGUGGAGAGGAUCAACGCGCAGACAGACACGAAGAGACACAUCUAUGCACCACGUGCCUUCUUCUUUCUUACUGACGAUCGCCAGAUGAAGCCGGUGGCUAUUGAGCUCUCUCUGCCUCCACCCCGCAAUGGUGAGCUCAAAGGCCAGCACAAGGUCUUCACCCCACCCGCUUUCAAACAUCAGCACGACUGCGAAUGGGAACUGGCCAAACUUCACUUCGUGUCUGUGAACUUCGGCUACCACGAGCUCGUCUCUCACUGGCUGAAAUGUCACUGCGUUAUGGAGCCUUUCGUCAUCGCCAGUCACAGGCAACUGAGCGCGAUGCACCCGAUCUUCGUUCUGCUCGAUCCAUGCUUCGUGAACACCAUGCGCAUCAACGCAAACGCCCGUGGCACAUUGAUCGCCGCUGGGCCCGCCGGAACGAUCGAAUCGAACUUCACCCCAGGCAAGUACGGCUCCGAGAUCAGCGCGGUGGUGUAUGACAAGCUCUGGCGAUUCGACCGGGUCGGAUUGCCGCAAGACCUGCUCGACAGAGGAAUGGCGGAACCGGACUACCUAGCACCCGCAGGAGUGAAGCUUCUGUUCGAUGACUACCCAUUCGCGAAGGACGCGCUGGACGUGUGGAACGCCACGAAGCAGUACAUCACCGGGUACGUGAAACUUUACUACAAGACGGACGAUAGCGUGCGCGAGGACGAGGAGCUGCAAGCGUGGUGGAAGGAGAUUCGCGAGGUCGGGCACGGGGACAAGAAGGACGAGCCGUGGUGGCCAACUUGCAAGACGGUCGACAGCUUGAUCGGGGUGCUGUGCAACAUCUUCUGGAUCGCAGGACCGCAACAUGCUGCCGUCAAUUUCGGCCAAUACGGAUACUGCGGCUUCAUGCCCAACAGCCCUCCGAUGACUCGCAUGCCGAUCCCGGAGCCCAACACCACCGAGUACAAGCGGAUGCUGUUCAAUUUCGAGAAAUACAUCUUCAGAGUCACCUCGUCUCCGCAGCAAAGUGUCAAGAUCAUGACCACCCUCAAGGUGCUGUCAUCUCACGCCAAGGACGAGGAAUACAUCGGCCAGCGGCUCGACGCCAACUGGACGUCGGAUCUCGAGGCGAAGCAGGUUUUUCAGAGGUAUUCAGAUCUGCUGGGCCGCUUGGAGCUCAUGUUCAAGCAGAGGAACGAGAACCCGGAGUUGAUCAACAGACAUGGAGCUCUUAUGACAACUGGUUACACUCUCAUGUAUCCUACAUCUGAACCUGGGAUCACCGGCAAGGGAAUCCCGUGGAGUAUUUCAAUCUAA